AUGUCUUUAUUAUCUGAUAUUCCAGAUAGGAACAGUUCAGAUACUGCGACUUUGGUGGAGUCUUUCGUUAAGGCAUACGAACUAGAACCGGGUUGGGAAGGCACAGAAGCUCCCCCCAAGUCAAUCACAGAAGUAGAAGUUGAAGCUUCCACUGGUUUAUUGACAGGCAUAUAUCCUGCUUCGGAUCAUAAGCGGAGAAAGAGAAUAGGUUUAUCUAACUAA